UGACAUGAAGAGUACAAACAAUUUGAUUGGUUCUCCAAUGUUGAUUGUCAAUACACUGUGCUAUAAUUAACCCAAGCACAUGGCUAUCUGUCAGUGUAUAUUGUAGUUGUUGUCUGUGCUUCAUUUGACUGGAUUUACUGGUUAAAUCAUUUAAAACAUACACUUUAUCUCAAAACUUUGUGGACUUAUGAUAAUUUUUUAAGAAAAAAUAAAUUUCAUUGUUACUUUUUACAAGGAAAUUUCUCUAAGACAAGAAUCUGUGUUUAUAUAUCCCUGAGGUCAAGGGUUAUUGCUCAUGCAUAAUCAUAGAGGUUAAACUUUUGUUUUAAAAUAAUAUUUACAUAUUUAUACAAAUAUGUAACAGUUUUGCAAUUUUGUUAUAGUGUUAAUAAACCAUUGUGGAAACAUGGGAGUAAGCUGGAAUAGCAUAUUUGUGGAUUUACCAAUUAUCUUCAUUCUUUUAUUUUUAAAUUUUGUGGACAGAAGUUCCCAAAGUCGUGACCAGGACAAAUGGGAACAUAUCUCGAUACGAUAUGGAUUCUGGCACCACCUCCCGCAGUACAACAGGGCAGCUUUUGACGAGGGCUACACACGACUUAAUGAUGUUUGCAAAACUGACAACUACCAUGGAUUUUUGUUUUCAAAGAAUGGAAACACAAAAGUUAUGCCAAUUUAUGACUUUAAUGGAAACCUGGCUGGAAUACAAUCAGCUAUCCCUGGCAAUAUGAAGGGCUAUAACUCCCUCAACGAGACGAUAGAUUUACCUCCCAUUGAGAUUAUGCCUCCUGUAUUGAAAGGACUCAGGGAUGCCAAAGGAAUCCUAUAUUAUACAGUCACAGCUUACUUCAAACAUCCACGGCUCAUCUGUAGUCCUAUACCUCAUGAAGGUGUAACACCAGGCAGAGGUCUAUACAUACAAAUGGGUUUUAAUCCUGAACACGAUUUCCUACACAUUCCAAAAGAGACGCGACAUUUAUCUCCCUUGUGGAGACGUGGAAAUUGUCUCCCUAUGAUGGGUACCCAUUACUUUAUGAACCUGUCGCAAAGUCUGCCCUGUGAGAAAAUAUACCCGCUGUUUCUCAUGUACGACAAUGAAGGAAACCUUGGAGCAUUUGGCUGGGUGUUCCAGGGACGGCCAAAUAAUCUUUACUCCGAGGGUGGUCGAAGUUGGUUUCACCUUACUCCAAAUACAUAUCCUUUCUUGUACAAAAACAGUAUGCUACCAAAGUGUAUGUUCUAUGAAAAGUUUCAAGUAUUCGGAAUACAUAUAUAUCUUCAAGAUCCCAAACAGCUCUUGUGUCCAGCCAUAUCCAACGUUGAACAACCUAAAACGACGGAAACGCCGCAACGUUACACCCUUGCACCUCCGCCGCGGACUUUUAUCACUGAGUUAGAAGAGAAAAAAACUAAAAAUAUAAAUUCCGAAAACUAUGCUAUAGAAGCAUAUGACUUUAAAUCAUCCGGUGAUGUGACAUAUUCAAAAACACACGCUUUCACGAUAAUUUUUAUAUCAAUUUUGAACUUAAUAUGUCUUAAGUACGUGAUUCAAAGAUAGGACUACUACAGAGUGUGUAGACUUGUUUGAGAUUAUUCAAAAGGUGAUAAAAAAGGACAAUAAAAGCUUUUGAGCAUGUACUGUAUCAUUAUAUACAUGUACUGGGAUGGAUGUGAGUAAAAUACUUUUACCACCUAAAAAAACAACAACAACAUGCCAUUAAAGAAGUCAUAGUGCCAUUAUUUGCCAUUGUUGAAUCUAAAAUAAAACAAUACAUAUUUUUACCAGAAAAAAAUGAUGGAACUGAGACAGGGAUGUAACGGGGAAUGAAAUAUCUCCUUAUCUCCUUCAAACAUCACCUCUGUGCAGACAAGACUUUUAAAUAGACAAGACAUUGAGGUUAAGAUUCUGGUGCUUAGGUAAAAAUGAUAUGAAAAGUGUUAUAGAAGCCCCAGUAAUGUCAUUUUUCAGACAGUUUCUAACUAGUGGGAGUUUACUACAAUGUUGCUAAGGGAGGCCACUCUAGUCAUACUAAAUGUCCUUUGUAAGGGCUGAAAAAAACUCUAUCAUGUAGAUAAUUAAUGUGUUAUAUAAAACAACAUAUUACCUUUGAUUUCAUCCUUACUCUGCAGAGUGUGUAAAAUGGAGAUUAAAAUUGGAAUUGUGCCAUGUCAAUAUAAAGGAAUUUUGCUUAGUUAUGUUGUAAGCAAAAAAAAAUUCUUUUAUUCAUCAGACUGCUAGAUUGACAAAAUAGCCACUUCAUUUGUGUUCAUCAUCACUUUCAACAAUUUUAAUAAAAACUCUUCAUUAUUUGCAACUUUUAUCUUUAAAAAUCUUAGUUGAGAGAAAAAAAUACAUGUAAAUAUACUGUAUUGAUCCUUAUAAACAACCCUGGAGUUUUACCCGAAAACCAACCUUUCUCCCUUUCUUACCAGAGAGUAGUGUCAUACCAGAGAGUUAUGUAAUAUAUAUGUUAAAACUUAACAGUGAAAUUUUAUAUGUAAGUACACUAUUGAGUGCUAAGUGUGAAGUGUGUACUAUAAACACUGUUUUCUGUGAGACUGUGUGUAGAUUUGUGUCUUUUAUUUUUGUACCCACCGUAUUUGCACUUAGAUGAAAUAAAUGAAAUUGAAUAUCAGCAAAUAUUAUAUGUGAAAUUAUAAAUAUACAUGUAAAUGUUGAUGAAUAACAUAUGAAUAUUGUAUACUUUGUGUACAGAUUAACUGGUAUGAAUGCAUAUUUAUGAAGGAAAAAACAACUCACGUGGCUGUUAUUUCAUUAACUUGUUACUGACACGAAUGUAUAUAAUACAUGUUACUGUAUAUACAAUGCCAACUACAAACUACAUGCUAAAUCUAGCCACGACCAACAUCAAAGAAAUCAGUUAAUAAACAAAUAAAUUGUAUAAACUAUAAUAUAAUAUUGUACAAUCAUAUAAAAAUUAAUUAUUGUUAAAAAUAAUUAUUAUACAAUUAUAAAUACAUAGAAAAUGUGUUUUAUAUUGCAAAAAUUGAUGUGGAAUUGUUUAUAUGAAUAAAUGUGUAUAAAUGUGUAUAGUUGUGAAUGAUGGUGAUUUUUGUAAAUGAUUAAUGAACCGCGUCACGACAAAACCAACAUAAUGGGUUUGCCACCAGCAUGGAUCCAGACCAGCCUGUCUGAUCAGGACUCAUGCUGUUCGCUAUCAGUUUCUCUACAUGUAAUAGGGUUGGUAAGCGAACAGCAUGGAUCCUGAUCAGACUGCGCAGAUGCGCAGGCUGGUCUGGAUCCAUGCUGAUCGCAAAAGCAUUAUGUUGGUUUUGUCAUGGCACAGCUCAUUAAUAAAUGAAGAGUUAUAAAUGAGGAUGAGUUGCCACUUCCACAAAAUGUGAUAUCUAAUCAUGUGCUACACAGUACAUCUUUUUUAUUAUUUGUGUACCAAACACGUGUUUCUUGAAUAAAAUAUUUGAAAAUGGA